CAGGUUUUUUUUUCUCCCGGUCAAUAGAAUUGACUUGCUCAGUUUCAAAAAUGUCUCAGGUUCCUCUUGUACAAUACGCCUGGAGGCUUAUUUAUUUCCCAGCAGCGGCUUUAUUUUUUUCAUCAGCUGCUCUAAUAUCAAUAAUUGUUGAUUUAAUUAAAAAGCUAAUUUUGAAAAAUAAAGUCCUACCUCACGGUAGAGCUGUCUUCGUUACAGGUUGCGACUCUGGAUUCGGAAACGCACUUGCCAAACGUCUAGAUUCGAAGGGAUUUCACGUAUUCGCAACAUGUUUAUUCCCCACCGGUCCUGGGGCUACAGAACUGAAAGCAAGUUGCUCUAAUCGUCUGCAUGUGUUGUACAUGGACGUUACAAAAGACGAGAGCGUGGAAAAAGCUUUGGAAUACGUGAAAGCAUAUCUUGGGUCCUCCGAAUUAUGGGCCAUUGUCAACAAUGCCGGAAUUUUCAAAGGAUUUUCUAUGGAGAUGUCUACGCUGGACGAUUUUAAAGAUGUGUUCGAUGUCAACCUGAUGGGGGUGGUGAGAGUCACCAAAGCAUUUCUCCCCCUUCUCAAGAAAUCAAAGGGAAGGAUUGUGAACGUUACGAGCCUUGGCGGAAAAAUUCCUUUCCCUUUUUUAGCAGCCUACUCAUCUAGUAAAUAUGCUGCGGUUGGUCUCACGGACUGUUUGAGGCAUGAAGUCGGUAUGCAAGGGAUUACUGUGGUGUCCAUUGAACCAGAAUUUUUUUACACCCCAAUGCUAUAUGUAAGUGCUCUAGGGCAGCUGAAUUCGAUGGGAAGCCAAGGCAGUUCAUUUGAAGAUGACCACGACGACUUCAAAAAAUCAUUCAAAGAUCUUUCCAACGUCGCCACUUCUUUUGCAUGUCUUGACACAAGCAUUGUUGUUGAUGACUUGGAAGCAGCAGUCAGUUUAGUACACCCAGAUCAUACCUAUAAGCCAAGAAGGCAUGCACUCCUUCGCUUCUCAUGUUUCUGUUACGAAAAGAUGCCAAUAAGUUUUCAAAUCUUAUCAAUUAAAAGCAUCCUUUUUAUUUUCUUCUCAGAAUCUAAAACACUUAAAAAUAUAGUGAUGAAAAUAUUAUCUAUAAAACGAAAAUAAUCUGUUCAGAGGAUAAACUAUUAUUAUGUUAGAAACAAAAACAAACAAUUUUUUUUUUCGUAAUAUUUUUAACAGAGCAAGAAUAAGACAUUUAGGGACUCAGAAAUGCAAAUCUCCAGUCCCCCUUUUCUCCUUUCAGCUUCUAAACCCAGGCAUUUUUCAGUUGAUUUUAAUUCCAGUGUCAAUAUAAGCAGUCUUAAGUAACAAAUGUUUAUAUACUGAUAUAAGAAAAUAUUUAUGUUCAGGGAAUUUUAAAAUUUGAUUUUAAGUUUCGCUAAUAAAGAACUCAAAUGAAAUUUUAAACACGUUAAUAAAAAUAAUAAAAAAAACAUUUUUUACAUGAUCUGUAAUUUAUUUAAGCAUAUAACAGGACUUUUUGCAAUUAUAAAGCGUGUUAUCUUUAAAGAAUUAUAAAAUUUCGGAAAAGAAAAUUUGUAAGAAGUAUGUAAUUAAGAUUAGUAUUCGAAUUAUGUUACAAACUUUUAAUGAAAAAUUAAAGCGAUUAUAUUUUAAUUUUAUUUCAACAUGUUCUAGUGUAUGGCCCUAGUAUAUUAAGUGAAAACACUAAAUUAAAUUAUUUGAAAAACAUUACAAAAAAUCUAGACACAUCGGGAACCAAGAACAUAGGGAGCUGCCUACUUUGCCUAUUUAUUAAGUUGACACUACUUUUUAAAUGGAAAUUAUUAAUAUGCAACUUUCAUUUUCUCUAUUUUUUUUUCUCAAAAUCUAAAAUAUUUAAAAACUUUGUGAUACAACUCUAUAUACUAAGUAGUAAUAAAAUUUAAUAAAAAAACAUCAAUUAUUUCAAGAAAAGAAUAUUUAAUGGCGCAAUGCAAUUGUUUUUCCUACUAAUGAAUUAAAAGCAUCUGUCAUGGUGACUUAUAAUCAGCUGCAUUUUAUUUUUGAAACAUCUCCAAUACAAUGCUUACAAAAAGUAGCGGUUAUUUAAAAAUACAUAUGCAGUUAUAUUAUAACAAUUGCUUUUUUUUAUUAUACAAGAGCAACUGAAAAGCAAAAAAAAAAAAAAAAAAAAAACUGAAAGAAAAUUGUGCAACUAUUCAAGGGUGAUACGAACUCAAUUAUCGGGAUUGAAUGGCAAUUGACCAUAGUGGCGGUAGCAAACAGAAGUAUUUCCAACUGGACAACAUUGGUAAAUAUCGAUUGUUCAGUAGGAAGGAUCAUUAAAGAUUGCCAAAACAUAUUGACAACAAUGACAUAUGGAUAGGAUUAGACUGUCCUGCAGUUCUUGUACGAUCUUAUACCAGUUCUUGCACCAUAGCAACUUACGGCACAAAAAGAGUUGUGGAAGGCAUUGAACAGUUUCCAGGUGUCUUCCUAGUGUGUAAUCGAACUGACUUGUGAUUUACUUUUCUGAUUUACAAGUUUAAUCUGAAGGAAUCGAGUGCUUCAUUCAUUUAUCUCUUCACAUUGAAUCUGAAUAUCCUCUCAUUUGUGUGAGCGGAGGACUUUACAAUGAUUCUUUGCCAUAUUCUGUGAUAUGUACUUGUUAAUAUAGGAAUUCAAAAACUUGAUUUCAUUACAUAGUGGCAGUGAAUGCUUCAACAAUUUUCAAAUUGUAUA